AUGAAUCAGUCUGCCGUUGGCGAGGAAAGAUUCUUCUUCAGCAAUAGAUAUCAUAUCAAGAAGAGUAUUAAAUCAAACCUUAGACAAGAUUAUGCAGGUACUGUGUGUGCUGAUAUCAACACUGCUUUAGAUCCGGCGACCAAAGCCGUGUGUGAAGAGAAACUGAAGUCUGCUAUAAGUACUUUGAUGAAUAAUGGAAGGCAGAACUACAAAAGUCUUCAAGAUAUACUUCUACGAUCAGAGCACGUGUGUGAUUGGGGCAUAGAAAAUCGGUUUACCAUGGGUCUCGUGGGGGAGCAGAUGACGGAGAGUGCUUUCUCCCAGCAUGGAAGCUGGACAAUCAUGAGC